AUGUCUGACUCUGAAGCCUCAGAUGCCGGGGAAAGAUCCGUUAUAGAGGAGCUCCCAACUGCUCAACCUGCUCCUCCAGGAACGACCGCAUUUCAUUUUGUCUGCAAAUCAAAACUGGGAUUCGUUCAAUGGAAGGAUUCUGAAGCAUCUCUGUAUGGAUACUUUGAACGGACGUUCAAGGCGACGACAUGUACCCUGAAGUUGACAGAGUCGCUAGAACAAUAUUGUCUAGAAAUUGAGGUCGCAUUUGAAAAGAUAUUCAAGAAGGGUUUGGCUCAAGAAAUUGAUCGAAUCCACGGAAUUCCCACGAUAUCUAAAUGGAAAGAUGUACGGCUCAUGUCUUCACUCGGCAAAGCUCCUGGAACCACUGAUCCUAAAUCAACUGGACACUCGUCAAUGGAUCUCUUGGUUCAACGACUGGGUGCUCUUCGCCAAUGUGGAUUACAACGACAACGAGAAAUCGACGGUGUCCUGACCCAGUGGGAAGCUCUAAAAACUGAGAUUUAUCGACGACUGGGAGCUAUUGAUGAACACUAUUACAAGAAAUGUGUCGAGGAAAUCGUUGCUAGAUUGGAAUUGGUGCAGAACGAGGUCUUGGAUGCAGUCAAACGUGAUUUGGGAAUGAUUGGCGCACCACCUGCUCACGACGACGAUAUCGGCUCAGAGCCGAGAAGCCGUAUGCCAACUGGAGGUUAUGGCAUUGGCGGUGGUAUUCCGCUAUCUGUCUUGUCGACAAGGCCUUCAUCACCAGCUCCAAGCACGCCGCAAACUGCCAAGCUAGAGCUCGAUGAACACCACGUGAAUGACACGACGCCAACGUCAUCUGUGGGAGGGUCGGCUACUCCCACCUCUGGCCAUUCCGCCACUACACCCAUAUCUGCAUCAGUGACGUCGCCCAUGUCAGCAGGCAGCCAUUCACGAGUAACCUCGAUUGGUCAUUCGAAACUGAACCCUACAAGAGAUUCUGCAGCAAUAGAGCAAUCGGUUGGCCCUUCAGCGGUGGUAGUAAAAUCUCCAGUCAGCGGUUUGAAACCAGAAACGACAGCAAGUCCCACCGUCACUCGUGGAAUCCAAGAAGAACCAGAAAACGAUCUAGAAACUGAAGACAUCAGCACUAAAACACAUGCAGUAACAGAACAUGUCGAAACCGUGGAAAAGGCACCAGUUGUUGAAGACUUCCAAGACUUCACUCCUAAAGUUGAACCCACUAGUGAGACUCCAGACGUGAUAUUACAACCACAAGAUGUUGAAACUGUAGACAUUACAAAGGAAAUCACCAAUCCAGUCACGCACGAAAUUUCGUUCUACGAGUCAGCAGAGUCAGAAUCACUUCCCAAAACCGCAACAAUCAUUAUCGACAACGAAGACGACCGUAUUCUUUAA